CGCGGCAGUUGCCGAUGUCCGGGUUGUCGCAAUGGGGAGCUGGGGGGCUUCUGCGGCCAGCGUUGGGGCCGAGAAGCUGCCAUAGACCCCACCGAGUCUCCCCCUCGACCUUCCGGGUUCAGGCGCAGACUCUCCGCACCGCCUUCGGCAUGGGGGAAUCCGAAGAGGAGGAGGUGCCCGAUUCGGGUGCUGUGUUUACAUUUGGAAAAACCAAAUUUGCUGAAAAUAUUCCCAGCAAAUUCUGGUUUAAACAUGAUAUACCUAUAAUUCUUUCAUGUGGAGAUGAACACUCUGCAGUUAUUACAGGAAAUAAUAAACUUUACAUGUUUGGCAGUAACAACUGGGGCCAGUUAGGAUUAGGAUCCAAGUCAACUGUUAGCAAGCCAACGUGUGUCAAAGCUUUAAAACCUGAAAAAGUGAAAUUCGCUGCCUGUGGAAGGAACCACACCCUAGUCUCAACAGAAGGAGGCAAAGUGUAUGCAGCUGGAGGAAAUAAUGAAGGGCAGCUGGGACUUGGUGACACCGAAGAGAGAAGCACUUUUCAUCUAAUUAGUUUUUUUACCUCCCAACGUAAGAUUAAACAGCUCUCUGCUGGGUCUAACACUUCAGCUGCUCUAACUGAGGACGGAGAGCUCUUUAUGUGGGGUGACAAUUCUGAAGGACAAAUUGGGUUAAAAGAUCUAACUAAUGUGUGUGUCCCUCAGCAAGUGACCGUUGGGAAGCCUAUCUCCUGGAUAUCCUGUGGAUAUUACCAUUCAGCUUUUGUAACAACGGAGGGAAAACUGUACACGUUUGGAGAACCAGAGAGUGGGAAGUUAGGUCUUCCCAAUCAGCUGCUUUGCAACCACAGGAUGCCCCAGGCAGUGCCCGGAAUUCCUGAGAAGGUGGUGCAGGUAGCUUGCGGUGGAGGGCACACUGUGGUUCUCACAGAGAAAGCCGUGUAUACCUUUGGACUGGGACAGUUUGGUCAGCUGGGUCUUGGUACUUUUCUUUUUGAAACUUCAGUACCCACAGUCAUUGAGCAAAUUAAGGAUCAGAAAAUAAGUUCUAUUUCCUGUGGAGAAAAUCACACAGCUCUGAUAACAGAUAUAGGUCUUCUGUAUACUUGUGGAGAUGGUCGAUAUGGAAAAUUAGGCCUCGGACUGGAGAACUUUACCAAUCAGUUCACUCCCACUUUGUGUUCUCAUUUUUUGAGAUUUAUAGUUCAGUUGGUGGCCUGUGGUGGAUGUCACAUGCUAGUUUUUGCCGUUCCAAGACCUGGUGGGACAGAAGAAAUUGAGUUACAGGGAAUAAAGCCUCCUUGCUUCCCUGCAGUGCCUUCUCUGCCCUUCAACAGUCUAACCUCAGGAAACACUCUGCACAGAAGUCUAUCAGCACGUGUGCGGCGAAGAGAGAGGGAGAAAUCGCCCGACUCUUUUCGAAUGACACGAACACUACCUCCACUUGAAGGGACUCCUGUGCUACCCGUUUGCUUUCCCCCCAUCCCGGUUCCUUUCCAUCUGUCUCCAAUUAAUCUGCCAGAGAAAAUGAUACCUAAAGAGGACAGUUUCAUGCAGCCCAUAAAGCCCAUGCGCAUGCCAGGUUGUUUUCAAGAUAAAAUGACCACAGGGAAAGAUACAGACAUUUUCUCAGCAACAGAUUCACAAAGCCUUGGAGAAACUACUGAUGUGUUAAAUAUGACACACAUGAUGAGCCUGAAUUCUAAUGAGAAGUCAUUUAAAUUGUCACCAAUUCAAAAACAAAAGAAACAAGAAACAGUCGCGAAACUGAACCAGCGUGCAGCUCGCUUUGAACACGAUGGUAGUACAGAGCGUACAAAGGAAGAGACAUCCAAAACGGUGACAGAGAGAAAAGCGUAUAGACAGCUGGUGGCACAGGGAACGUACAUGCUGCCAGCACUUGGGAAUGGGCGCCUGUUUUCAGACAAGGACUUAGGUGAGGCGUCGGGCCAGCCGGGGCCUCAGGCCAACACCCAUGCCAAGGGUGUGUGCAGAGAGAGAUUCAGACUUGAGAGCAAGCGCAGCAUUUGCCCACCUGACAGGAAGGAGAUAGAACAGGAAGGUGAUGGAAGCCACGGUCAGAAGGAUUCAGCAGCCGCAGAAGCAGUGCCUGAGAAAGAAACUGCGCUGCUGGAAAUGGCAGGUCUGAAGGAUAUGAGACAAAGUGAAGAGCAUUUAAGACAUAUUAACACAUUCUUUGACGACUUACCAAAUAGAGACGUGAAUCUUGAGGAUGAAGGGAGGAAAAGCUUUGUUAAGGACGGUGAGAGGAACACGCAAGAUGUGAUCUGUGACAGUGAACGGGAGUCCGUAGAGGGGGCAGACAGUUACGUGGAAGGCGAAAGUGAAAGCCAGCAAGGUACCAUUGACGGCUUCGAACAGCCCGAGUCCGUAGAAUUCAGUAGCGGAGAGAAAGAGGAUGAAGAAGUGGAUAUUGACCCAAACUUGUGGUAUAGCAGGAAAUUUAUUGAGCAAGGACAUGAGGAAGAAGCUGAACACAAAAUGUCCAAAUUCGCGGCAAAAUACGAUUUUAAGUGUGACCACUUGUCGGAGAUCCCAGAGGAGCAGGAAGGAGCAGAGGAUUCAGAAGAAAGUGGAAUAGAGGAGCAAGAGGUAGAUGCAAGUGAGGAAACUGUGGAGGUGCUCGCAGGGAAAGAGGAGGAGGAAGUAGAGAUCCUGUCAGACGAUCUUACAGACAGAGCAGAGGUGAGUGAGGGCAAGGGAAAGGCAGGGGGAGAAGCGGAGGAGGAUGUGCCCGAAGGUGGAGGUGAGGGGGAGGUCCGGCGGGAGGGCGGUUUGGGAAUGGAACGGAGUCAGCGUGAGGAGGGGGAAGAGAAGGAAGACCAGGGAGGGGGAGAAAUGGAGAGCCCGGAUGAGGGGGAGCAAGACCUAGAGGAGGAGGAGGACCAGGACCACAGGGAGAGGGAGCGAGGUCAUAACGGGAUGGGGCGAAGGGAAGGGGAGGGGCAAAGAGAUGGCAAGGAAGGGGAGGGGAGAGAAGAAGACAGGGAAGAGGACGAAGGCAAGGAGGAGGGACAAAGGAAAGAGGAAGAAGCUCAAGAGGAACGACCUGGAGAGGGGGAAGAAGGGGAAGGGGAAGGGGAGGAGGAAGAGGGAGAAGCAGAGGGAGAUGGGACGGAAGGGGAAGGGAGAGGGGGGAGAGAGAGAGAAGCAGAGAAAGAUGAGGAGGAAGCUGAGGAGGAAGGAGAGGAGGGGGAAGGGGAGGAGGUUGGAGAGGAGGAAGAAGAGGAGGAAGCAAAGAAAAGAGAAGGUGAAGGGGAGGAAGAAGGAGAGGGAGACGGAGAGGAAGGAGAGGGGGAAGGGGAGGAAGAAGAAGGUGAAGGAGAGGGAGAAGGGGAGGAAGAAGAAGUGGAAGCAGGGGAGGAAGAUGAGGGCGAGAGGGAAGAAGAGGGAGAAGAGGAGGAAGGAGAAGAGGAAGGGGAGGGGGAGGAAGGAGAGGGGGACAGGGAGGAGGAGGCGGGAGAGGGGGAGGAGGAAGAGGAAGCGGAGGGGGAGGGGGAGGAGGAAGAGGAGAAGGAAGGCGAGGGGGAAGAGGAAGAGGAGGAAAGAGGGGGGGAAGGGGAGGGGUACAGAGAAGAGGAGGAAGAGGAAGAAGGGGAGGAGGAAGGAGAGGGGGAGGAAGCAGAGUGGGGAGUGAGGGAGAGGGAAGACGAGGAGGACGGUGAGGAAGAAGAGGGGAAAUAUGCGGACACGGGAGAUGAAGAGAGGGAAAAACAGGCAAGGCAGGGCGAAGGAAGAGAGUCCAGCAAAGUGAGCAAAAUCAAAGGGUCUGUGAGAUACGACAAAAAUAAGGCUUACCCCAGAAAGUUUAUCCCUAACCCAGAGGGAAAGGGGAAAGAGCAUGAGGUACAGAGGUUCAAAAUGCCGGAGCAGUCAAAACAGGUUUUAGAAAAUGGGCUGCCAGGUUCCAGAAAAUUCUGGAAUAAUGUAUUACCACAUUAUUUAGAAUUGAAGUAA